CAUCUGCCAUACGCGGAAAAAAAGGAGUCACCGGAACAUUACAUCCACUAACCUUCGCAAGGAAGACAUUAGCACACAAAUGGCUCUUUUUCAAGUGUUUUUGAGUUGGACUGCUGCGUGCCUGUUCGUUUUGUUUUUAAUAUUGUGUAUUGGUUACUGCUUGUACGUCCAGCACAUUCACAUGAAGUAUGACCACAUACCUGGGCCACCGAGGGACAGUUUUCUCUUCGGACAUGCAGCAACCUAUGCGAAGGCGAUGCGAGAUGGCGACAUUAUACACGACAGGUUCCUGGAAUGGGCUGAGAAGUAUGGGCCUGUCUGCAGGCAAAAUGUCCUGCAUUAUGUCAUCAUCCUUGUGAGCUGCCCAGAGGGAACAAAGGAGAUAUUGAUGUCCCAAAAGUAUUCCAAAGAUAGAUUUUUCUACAAAAAAAUCUUCAGCCUGUUUGGUCAAAGGUUCCUAGGUAACGGCCUAGUUACCUCACAGGACCACGAGCAGUGGUAUAAACAGCGCCGGAUCAUGGACCCCGCAUUUAGUAGUUUGUAUUUGAGAGGACUAAUCGGCACCUUCAAUGAGAGAGUAGAGCGACUGAUGACUAAACUUUCGGAUGUGGCUGAUAACCAGACAGAGGCCGGCAUGCUCAAGCUUGUCAACUUUCUUACCCUUGAUGUCAUUGCUAAGGUUGCUUUUGGGGUGGAUUUAGACCGGCUUAAGGAUAGGUCACUUUUCCCCAAAGCCGUGCAGACGUGUCUGAAAGGGAUGGUCUUCGCUGUCAGAGACAGCUUCUUUGCGGUCAACCCAAAGAACAGACCGUUCAUCAAAGAGGUGAGGGAAGCUUGCCGACUGCUGCGCACAACUGGAGCUCAGUGGAUCAAGGACAGAAAGACGGCCAUGGAGAACGGCGACGACGUUCCCAAUGACAUCCUCACCCAGAUCAUCAAAACAUCUGUCAAAGAGGAAAGCAUGACUGAAGAAGAUGAAGAGUUAAUGUUGGACAACUUUGUGACAUUUUUCAUUGCGGGGCACGAAACAACAGCUAAUCAACUGGCUUUUUGCAUCAUGGAACUGACAAGACGUCCUGAUAUACUGGAGAAAGUGAAGAAAGAGGUGGAUGACGUCGUUGGGAUGAAACAGGACAUCAGUUAUGACGAUCUGGGGAAACUGAUCUACCUCUCACAGGUCCUCAAAGAGACACUGAGGAUUUACCCAACGGCUCCAGGCACAUCUCGGGAUGUACUGCAAGACAUUGUGAUUGACGGCAUUCACAUACCCGGUGGAGUCACAUGUUUUUUCAGUUCCUACGUGUGUGGCAGAAUGGAUAAAUUCUUCAAAGACCCGCUGACCUUUGAUCCAGACAGAUUUCACCCAGAUGCUCCCAAGCCAUAUUUCUGCUACUACCCCUUUGCUCUUGGUCCACGCGCAUGCCUUGGAAAGAACUUUGCUCAGAUGGAGGCUAAAGUGUUUAUGGCCAAGCUGAUCCAGAGGUUUGACUUCAAUCUUUUGCCUGGACAGACCUUUGACCUUGAGGACUGCGGCACGCUCAGGCCAAAGAGUGGAGUGGUGUGUUCAGUCAGACAUAGGGAUCCCAACAAAUAGGUGGUCAAAUACCCUUAACUUUUAACAAAAGCACAUUCCAUAAGGGUCCAUGUGGUGAAUUUGGGGUUAUUAAGUUGAUCAGACUAGCCCACACACUGCAUUGUCUCCUGCCUUAUGCUGUAGAGUUGUUUAAUUACUAAUUGUUUGUGAAACACUUGUUGCAAAAAGUAUAAAAUGUAGAUAAAGUAUAUCCACAAGCAGUAAUGAAAAUGAUGAUUAUGCCAAACAAUCAGGACGGUGUGGGAAAUUAAAAAUAAGAGAAGAAAUGGCACACUUCUUAACUUGGUUUAUGCCUUUAGCACUGAUUUCUUUUCAUUUCUACAAAUUGCGAAAUGUGUUGUAAAUCAAAUCAUGAGAAAUGUGUAAUCUGUCUUUUUUCACACAAAUAAACUAAAUAUAAUCAA